GUGCGAAGGUUUAGAGUGAAUCUAUGACAAUGGCCACCAGUCUAUGGGAAAAUAAUGAGGAAAUUCAAAUAUUCCGAGAAUAUUUGCGUAUACCAACAGUGCAGCCAAAUGUGGAUUAUACAUCUUGUGUGGAGUUUCUGAAACGUCAAGCUGCCAGUUUGGAAUUGCCGGUGGAUGUCGUCUAUCCCGGAGGACAGACCAAACCCGUGGUAGUCCUUAAAUUGUUGGGCAGGCAACCAGAAUUGACCUCAAUUCUUUUGAACUCGCAUAUGGAUGUGGUACCUGUGUUUCCAGAGAAAUGGACACACGAACCAUUCAGUGCCGACAUGGAUGCAGAGGGAAGGAUUUACGGAAGAGGUUCCCAGGACAUGAAAUGUGUGGGUACACAAUAUUUGGGAGCAAUUCGCGCUCUAAAAAAUGGUGGCUAUCAACCGAAACGAAAUGUCUACAUAACCUUUGUGCCAGAUGAAGAGAUUGGCGGCGUUUUAGGUAUGAAGGAGUUCGCAAAAAGCGAUUAUUUCAAUGCAAUGAAUGUGGGCUUCAGCUUGGACGAGGGAGGCACCAGCCCGGUAGAGCGUUAUAAUUUAUUCUAUGCCGAGAGAUUGAGAUGGGCUAUUAAGUUUAAAUUUAAUGGCAAAUCUGGCCAUGGUUUGCUACUAUUGGCCAACACGGCAGGCGAAAAGCUCAGUUAUGUUGUGAACAAACUGACCGAAUUUCGGGACGGAGAAGUUAAACGACUAGAGGAAAAUCCUAGACUAAAUAAAGGCGAUGUAACCACUGUGAAUCUGACCCAAGUGAAGGGUGGAGUGCAAAGUAAUGUGGUGCCACCCAGCUUUGAGGUUGUCUUCGAUGUGCGGGUCUCCAUUACUGUCGAUGUGAAUGCUUUUGAGCAGCAAAUACGGACUUGGUGUGAGGAAGCUGGGGGUGAUAUUGAAAUAGAAUUUCUGCAUAAAGAGCCAUUCGUUGGACCCACUAAAUUAGACGAGUCAAAUUUGUAUUGGGUGGCACUUAAGAAGGCAUUCGAUGAACUCAAACUGAAAAUCCAUCCCAGUGUCUGUCCUGGAGCCACUGAUAGUCGUUUCUUACGUGAAAAAGGUAUAGCUGCCAUCGGUUUCUCUCCCAUUAACAAUACAACUUUACGUAUACACGAUCAUGAUGAGUUUCUGGGCGCAGAUAAAUAUCUAGAAGGCAUUGAGAUCUACAAGAAAGCUAUCCCAGCUUUGGCUGAUGUAUAGACAAUGCAGAUAAAUACAAUGAAUUUUAUCUUAAUCUUAAUAUCUUAUAUACUAUACGUAUGUAUGUAUGUAUGUAUGUAUAUGUAGAUAAGAAGUGUAAAGAAAUUAAAGAUAACAUUGCCUAUA